AUGUCUGGAAGUGGAAAAAUGUCCGGAAAAAAUGGUGAUCUGCCGGAUAAGCCGCCAUCGUACGCAGAUAUAUGUUUUGAAAAAGGAAAGCAUGCAAAAAUCUAUCCGGGAAUGCCAGAAGAUAGAAGCGAUGAAAAUGGAAAAUUCAAGGAAAAUGAACCAGAAAAAAACGAAUUGAAAUAUAAUUGUGCUACGAACGAUAUAAGCUUGUUUAUCAAAGCUGUCGAUUUUGCUGCAAGACGACAUCGAAAUCAACGUCGAAAGGAUCCAGCACAAACACCUUAUAUUAAUCAUCCAAUAGGCGUUGCAAAUAUAUUGAUAAAUGAAGCUAAAAUAACUGAUAUAACAAUCUUGAUUUGUGCUGUUUUGCACGAUCUUAUCGAGGACACGAAAACUACAUUGGAAGAGAUUAAAGAACAAUUUGGUGAUGAAGUAAGAUCUGUAAAAAAAAUUUUACCGGUUGCUAGUAUUGUAAAAGAAUGUACCCUGGAUAAGUCGCUUUCUAAUUCUCAGCGAAAAUCUGCUCAAGUCCAACGUGCAUUAAAUAUGAGCCAUAAGGCAAAACUAGUUGAAAUGGCGGAUAAGUUGUAUAAUCUGAGAGAUAUUGCACGAGUCAAACCGGUUGGUUGGACAGAUCACUAUAAGAUAGAAUAUUUCAAAUGGGCGAAAGAAGUGAUUGCAAAUAUGAAGGGGUCUAAUGAAUUGCUUGAGGUCGCCCUUGACGACAUUAUCAAUAGUAAUCUUAAAUAA